AUCUUAAAAUGAAGAUAAUUCUGACUCUAGUUUGAGAGAUUCCCCCCCACACUGCCUCUCCUUGUAAUCUGACCCCGACCCAUGAUGCACUGGGGGGUUUCUACGGCGACCCCGACAGUCAACAAACAUGGCCGAAGCUGCAGAGAGCCCAGACCAGCACGGACAAACUUCCUCCCACGUCCCGACGUUUUCCGCCCGACACCCGCUGAUCCCCAGACUGUACGUGAUGCCCUGGAGGCGGGACAUGAAGCACCGGGGGCUGCUGAUGAAGAACGCAGCUCUGGCCGGCAUCCCCACGGCUCCUCUGGAGGAGUCUUUGUGUUUCUGUGGUCGAGAACGUCUCUGCCACGGUCAGGACUCCACCAGCAGAUCUUCAUCCUCCUCAUCCUCAGCUCCUCUCAGCCAGACGCUCCUAACAGCUCAUCUCUCCUCACACCUGUCCAGGUACAACAGCUCAGUGGUGACGACCAGGAGCCUCUACCAAACCUGAGCAUCACCAGCGGCUGUGUAACAGUAAAGAUAAAACUGCUUUGUAGGUCCAGUUUAGUUUAAUUAAGUCCAAGAAUCUUCUUUAUAAAGCACCAAAUAAUCCAUUUAUACAAACAAAGUUGCUUUGUAGGUCAAUUUAACUCGAAUUAAGUUGAAAGAGUUCCUUGUAAAGCCAAAUAAUCAAAAACAAUUUGAUAUUUGAGUCUAAAUACACAAUUAUUAAAGAAACUGUGUAAUAACAACAAAGCUGUUUUUAAGUUAAUUGAACUUUCUGGGACUCCUUAAAGUCAAUGACCUCUUCUGAUCAGUCUAAUUAUUCUCCAAAAAUGAUUUUUCUCUGGUCCUGCAGUUCACAGUUUUACCACAGGAGGUCAGUAUUUUAAAUGUCACCCAUCAACAAGUGCUUCUUCAGCACCAGAACUUCCUGCCUCAGGUAGCAUCACCUGAGAAGAUCCAGCAUCUGACAGCAGCUCCAAGCUCAACAUCUGUGAAGUCUGAAACAUCUGGAAGCUCUGAUGAGCCAAAACCUGAUUUAAAGUUUGACUCCCUGAAUCUUGACUUUACAGCUGAAUAAAUAUAAAUAAAUGUC